AUGUCCCUAGUGCUUGCGGGCAGGCCUGGCCUCAGCGCUAUAUGUCGGCAACCGUCGGCGCUGGCGCUGUUUCACGCAGCAGCGCCGUUGCCCCAGUUACUUGAUGACGCGAUUUCGGUACUAGAAGCUGCGAGGUUACGCAACUCUGGGCAUGUCCAGACAUCCAUUUCAACCGCGACCAUCAGACUUCGGACGACGCGCGGAACCCCAUCGUCGGAACAACUGCUUGCUUUCAGAUCAUGUGUGGUGACCUCAGCUGAUAUCCAAAGCAUUCUAGACUUUCCCCGCAACGUCCCUGGAACUCCGCUCACAGCCGGCCUCCGGCAGCUGUCCGCCUUCAACGACAUCCCGGUCUCACAUCUGACACAGGCGGUCCCACAACCGCCUAUCGCAACAACCAUUCCAUGUUAUUCAUUAUCGGUAUCUCAAGAGACCUGCGACCCCAAGAAGCAGUUAACAUGCAAUGGUCACUCCGCAUCGCCACACCCUUCCUUUGACCGUCAAAUGGCGCGGCGACCCCACCUCCAAGCACAGCUACCCAACCCAUCACCACGUCAACACUCAUCCUCAAAGGGCGCCAAAACCACAUCCUGGGCGCUACACGGAUCCAGCUUUCCGUCCCCCCUACCACGGUCAACGCUGCUUAUGUCGCGGCGGUCAACGAUGCCGCCGGAUGUACGGAGCUUGAGCACGUCCACGGCGGUUCCCGCCGCUGCCAGUGAUGCUGACGGCGCCGACGUGGCGGCAGCGGCGGUGCGCGACCCAUCCCGCAUCCGCAACUUCGCCAUCAUCGCCCACAUCGAUCACGGCAAGACGACCCUCAUGGAUCGGCUACUGGCUGCAUGCGGCCACGGCAGCUCGGAGGACAGGGCCAUGGACAGCCACUCCCUGGAGCGGGAGAGGGGAAUCACCAUCCUAGCAAAGGUGACGAGUUUUACCUGGGGUGGAUUCCACAUCAACGCGGUGGACACGCCGGGACAUGCGGACUUUGGCGGCGAAGUAGAACGAGUCCCAGGUUGUCGGACCCGCUUAGCGCCCGGCAACCUCUGGAAGCGACCUGCAAUCCCCCGUCACAACUUCCAGAUCGCAAAAAGACCCACGCCACGUUCGCCAUCAUUUACGCCCCCAGCUUUUUGUCAUUUUCUUCCCAAACCUUUUCCUAGCGCUCUUUUUGGAUAUCGGCAAAAUGCCUCCCCUGUCCGCAGUGUGCUUGGGCUGGUCGACGGGUGCGUGCUGUUGGUGGAUGCGGCCGAGGGGCCCCUGGCCCAGACCAAGUACGUGGUGGCCAAGGCGCUGGAGAGGGGCCUGAAACCCUUGGUGGUGCUAAACAAGGUGGACCGCCCCGCCGCCACCCCGGAGCGAUGUGCCGCCGUCGCCAACUCCCUCCUGGACCUGUUCGUGUCCCUGGGGGCCUCGGACGAGCAACUAGACUUCCCGCUGCUGUACGCCUCCGCGAAGCAGGGCUGGUCCAGUCGUACUCUCCCCACCCAGCAUGGCCAGCAGCUGCUUGGGCAGAGGGACACGGAACCAAUAUCCCCCCCCUCCUCCCCCCCCUCCGCCGCCGCCGCGUCGUCGCCGUCCCCGAGUAGUAGUGGUAACAGUGGUGGCGGUGGCGGUGGUAUGGCUCCGUUGUUGGACGCCAUUGUGGCUCACGUGCCGUCCCCCGCCGGCCGGGGGGAUCUGGAGGGGCCAUUCGCUCUGCGAGUGGCCAUGAUCGAGAGGGACCCCUACGUGGGGCGGAUCGCCACGGGCGCGUGCCGCAUCGCGUCCGGCAAAGUCCGUAUCGGCGACAAGGUUCGUGUACUGAGCUACGAGGCGGGAGGUCCGGUGGGGGGCGAGGUGCGCAUCACCCGCAUAUCCAAGAGGGCGGGAAUGGACAAGAUCCCGCUGGAGGAGGCUGUAGCGGGGGACAUCGUGUCUGUAGCGGGGCCAGGCGCCGCCAGCAUUGCCGACACCAUCGCCUCCCCCGAGCUGUCGACCCCCCUGGACCCGGGUCGAGUGGACCCGCCCACCCUUGCAAUGGUGUUCGGCCCCAACGACUCCCCCCUGGCGGGGCGGGCGGGUAAGGCCCUCACCGGCCGGGCCAUCGGGGAGCGGCUGAUGGCGGAGGCGGAGACGAGCGUCAGUCUGAAGGUGGUGCCGGUGCCGGGUGGCAUGGAGCGUUACGAGGUUCAAGCUCGUGGGGAGUUGCAGCUGGGCGUGUUGAUUGAGGGUAUGAGGAGGGAGGGGGCGGAGCUGGCGGUGUCGCCGCCGCAGGUGCUGCUCAGGCGGGAGGGCGGUCAGGUGUUGGAGCCUGUUGAGGAGGUGGUGGUGGAGGUGGCGGAGGAGGUGGCGGGGUCGGUGAUCGAGGCGCUGUCCCAGCGGCGGGCCGAGCUCACGGACAUGACACCGCUGCCCGAGUCGGGCAAGCAGCGACUCACCUUCGUCGCACCCUCCCGGGGUCUCAUCGGAUUCAAGAGCUUGUUCGUACACCUAACCCGGGGAGAAGGCAUCAUGACCCGGGUGUUCAUGAGCUACUCGCCGCACAAGGGACCCCUGGGGGGUGUGCGCAAGGCUAUGUGGCGGCUGACGAGUUGA